AUGCAUGAGGAAGAAACAUACGCCUCUUUGCAGUGGGAUAAUCCAACACCAAACCCUAACCAGAAAUGUCUGCCUUCCAACAAAUGCUCGGGAACAUGGUGUCUUGUGAUGGGGACUUACUGUAUUUUCUGCAUGGGAUUAUUAACAACGUCCAUUUUCUUGGGCAUCAAGUGUUGCAAACGGAGAGAUUCCAAUCAACUAAUCAGGUCUGCGGAUACCUCAGAGACAAUUCCCUUCUUUCAGCUAACUGCAGCUCUUGGAAGUAUUUUAUCUGAUUUUAUCACUGGCAGCUUGAGGAAGAUCAAAGGAAGCCAUGGUUACUGGGUGGGGCUGUCUCAGGGUGGACCCAGCAGCCCUUGGCUUUGGCAAGAUGGCUCUGCUCCUUCCCCUGACCUGUAA